AUGGUUAAUGAGGUAAAUGUUCUUUCAAAAAUAUCAGGUGCAACUGGAUAUAUGAUUAUAAAUGAUGGUGAAUUGAUUCGUAGUGGUGGUGAUUUAGAAGGCGAUGUAGAAAAGGCUGAAAUUAUUAUAAAAUUAUUAAGUACAUGUUCUGGACACCAUUUAACGGCAAUAAAUGAAAAAUGGAAUUGUCUUACAAUAGAAUUUGAAAAUGUUUUAUAUGGUAUAACUGUAUCUUCAUCUAUGAAACAUACAGUUGUUAUUAGAAAAAGUAUUGAUACUUAG